CAGGAAUUCAGGGGUUGUGUUUGUGUUACUGUAGGGAAAGAGCCUUCUGCUGGCAGCAGGAGGUUUAGCAGCGCACUGAGGACACCCCCAACCUAAAUCAACAUCCCUGAACCCAAAAACUUGAGUGUCAGAGCCCCUUUGACAUCUUUAGCCAAUGAAUGUAAUGCAAUAAAUUAACCCUGGUUUCUUUUUCUGCAGAACCCACCCAGUUUAGUGGGAACCAUGGAGAAGCUGCUAGGAGCAGAGAGUGAGGAAGAGCUGGCAGCCUAUCUGAGCCAGCUGCACACCUGGCAGGAAGGCGGCAAGGGGCCGUGGUGUUCCUACCAUGAUCCCUAUGCUGACUCAUCCAUCAUUUUUGACACAUGGCCAUCCCUUCCCAUGGAUCAGAACGGAUCCAGGAGGUCGGUGAUGAAGAGGAAGGUGCUGAGGCACAGACCCGAUGGAACAGUGGAGGUCUCCGAUGAGUCACCGAACGCCAAGCCGUGGAGCCGGGGGCAUUCCAGGGCUUCUGUGGGUGACCCCAUCUCCAAAAUAGAAACCACCCUGGAGAACAACCUGCACUAUGAUGAUGGUAACAAGCUCCGUGAGGACAGCCUCUGCUCUCUCCUCAGGGAUUUUGGAAACAACACUGCAUCCAAUUAUGCCAUGUUAAGGCAACAGGCCAGGAACUACAUCGCUCCAAAGGCUCAAAAAGUGAAGAGAACUGACCCAGUGGCCAAAUUAAACAAAUACAAACAAGACUGGAAGAGAUUCAGCUUUCCCGGGCAGGAUCCACACGAGAGCUUGCGCCGGGCCGUGCACAGGCAGAUACUCCAGACGGGGCUGCCGCGGCGGGCGCAGAAGCGCGUCAGCGUCCCCAACCCGUACGAGGUGCCCACCAUGAAGAAACGCGACUCCCUGCGCUUCGGCGUGCGCUGGGACCUGGCCCACCGCCGCAUUCCCCGCCGGAACACCACCUGCUAGAGCCCCAGCCCCGCUGCUUCCUCCUCCUCAACAUCCUCCAUAGUCUGCAAAAUCCCCCUGGUGCGCUUCAAGCGCAGGUUAAGUUUUGGUGUGGAGGAGGUUUUCUUUGCAAGGUCUCGGCAAUAUCUUUUUUUUCUCAAUAAAGCAU